AUGGAGCUCCGCCGUUCUGCUCGUAUCGCAGCAAAGCUUGUGGGGACCCCCGGCGACCUCAAGAAGAUCAUGAGAGAAUGGCGAGCUGCAUUGAUAUCAGCCACACGAGACAAUAGAUUUAAGAACACAACCUACUACAACAUUGACUUCGAUACUGUUAGCAUCCACAGGUUGCUUGAUGAGAUCAUGUCUAGAUCUUAUCUUCUGUCCAUCCAGGAGCAUGCCACCUUUACUAGAAUAAGGGAAUGUGCUCAGUCCGCUUCCGCCCAAGGCCCAGGCACUGUCGAUAAGGAAUUGGCCGCAGAGAUGAGAGUGCUAGGCACAGAGUUGGUCGCCAUUCUGGCUAGCGAUGUCAAGAAGUUCACUGGUCCGCUUCGUCCGAGAAGCUGGGGUCAGUAUGAUGGCAGUUCCGCUUUGAUUGAAACGCACUGA